CAUGUAUUCCUAAGUAAAUGUUCUUGCCGGUAUUUUAGCAUCGGUUAGCAUUCAGAUAAGAAACAUUUUCAACGAAAAUCCCGCGGGAGUGUAUAUCUCGAGGGAAAAACGCUCAAAUGGCGAGACUAACUAUUUUUAAGAAUAAAUAAGAAAGAACACAAUUUUCAUGCACUGAGUGAAUUUUUUAAAAUUUCAGUCAGCGUUUCGUUUUCAACUGGAAAUCAUCCACGAGUGAAAACAAGCGGAGCCUCCGUGAAUCUCAGGUGCUUCCUGUUUAUAUCAAAGUGCACGCGAUGAUAAACGGAGAAGAAAAAAAAGAGAUAUGAAAUUCCCAUUUAUUUCUUUCAUAACCUUGCACACACCGGUCUUUCCCUGUAAUCGGGCGACAGAAAGUAAUCGUUCUCAAUAAAUAACUGAGGAAUUUAUAUUUUUAAACGGUCAGAAGACCAACGAAAAGCAUUGGUGGAAGGGGCUGCGAUAAAUACUCAGUCCAUUCGAGAACAUAAAAUAACUAUCAUUGAAGAUAAUUCUCUUUAUGGAGCGUUAUAUCUACUCCCUGCUAUGUCAGCUAUACAGCAUAGAUUGCAUUGACUGUGAGAGUUAUCAGUAUAAGAGAGUUCAAUUCUGAGAGACACAGAGUCACCAGAUACACUCAACUCACAUUACUGUUUCACAAGUUUUGGGGCAGUUGAGGGGCUGUUUACGGAUUAAAAUGGCAGCAAAAAGUUUUGUUUUGGUUUUGGUUGGCGUUACCUUGUUGAGGGAAGAUUUUGUCGAUGGAAAACCGCCUCAAGUCCUGAGGAGUCACUUACGAUGGCCUGACUCGCCAAACAGUUAUCUCGUGCAAGAAUUGCAGAGACAUGGAUUCGUGAGCGAAAAUCAUGAAUUCGUCAAGGAGAAGAUAAACGACGAGUUUUUAACUUGGACACAUAGGGAAAAGUUGCCAGAGAUAAUUGAAGGGUUAAAGUACUGCGUGGACAGAGUGAUCGCCGACGGGCACAAUGGUGACCUGGACGCAUACAUUCAGUGCAUAGACAACAACGAGAGCGUAAAAAUGCUGAACCCCCGGUGGAAUGGACUUCCAUCGACGCAACUUUCGCCCCCACAUAAAUGAAAUAAACGAAUGUAUCAAAAAAUAAAAUAGAAUUCGGGAA